GGAAAAGAGAAGCGGAAAAUGGGUCAAAUGUUAAACAGAAGAGAAGUUAGAGAAGUACAGAAUAUCUGGAAUAAACGUAUCGGUAAAAAGCCGUAUGCAUGUAACAAGAAUGUUUCACAAAUGCAACGUUUAUCGCGUUGAAGAGUAGCAGUCCUUGUAAAGCAAAUCGUAUGAGUACGUUGGCUAACGUUACAAGUUAGCUAGCUCAGUUUGUCAACAAGACCCUGGAACGGAUGGCAAGAAAGUAUUUAAAGACUAGUUUGUGAUGAUUACUAGUUCCUUCCAAGUUGUGUUUCACAGGCUCAGUGACUCCGAGUUCACUGGUUCCAGCGUUAGGUCACAAUGGCCAGAAUAGCCUGGUAUCAAGAGAAGAUUGGGGCCUAUGAUCAACAAGUCUGGGAGAAAUCUCUGGAGAAAGCAGAUCUAAAUGAUUUGGAGAGCAAACCAAAGAAGAUAGUUCACAUCAAGCCAGACCUCAUCGAUGUUGACUUAGUAAGAGGAUCCACGUUUAGCAAAGCCAAACCAGAGAGUCCAUGGACAGCUCUGACUCGAAAGGGUCUAGUAAGAGUGCUGCUCUUCCCAUUCUUCUUCCCAUGGUGGAUCCAGGUGACCUCCAAGUCCAUCUCCUCAAGUAUCCUUGUGCUCUACUUCAUGCAAGUGGCAGCAGUGGUACUGUACUCAGAGGUCCCCGGGGCAACUGCCAGCGAGGUGUUUGGGCCCAUGUGUUUGAUGCUGCUGCUGGGCACUGUGCACUGCCAGAUUGUGUCGACUGAGUCCAGCCGGUGGCCCUCAGGCAGUCCAGCUGCCAGCAGCUCUGCGCGCAGAAGGAGGCCGAGGAAGGGCAGAGGGCUAAAAAAAUCUGAAGAAAAGAGUGAGAACAUAGAGCAAGAGGGCCCUGAGCAGUUUGAAGAAGGCCAGCAAUUAUACAGAAACACAGAGAGGAGGAACAAAAGAAAGUCGGGGUUUGGGGAAUCCGAUGAGCUUUCCAGUGAGGAAGAGGAGAAGAUACAAUCAGUGGAAGUAAUUCACCCAGCACGUCAUCAAGAGAGCCACCCCACUGCAACUUUGCCAACAUCCUCAUCAGUGUCUUCUGUUAGGAAGAGAAAUCUCAAGUCUAACCACAAACCUACACUAAGACCUCAGGAAGCGAGUGCAGCAUCCAUCAUGCUGAAGCGCCUCCGGCCAAGCUUAAGCUCUCAUCCACCCUCCGAUACUGAUGACACAUUGUGGGAGGAGCUUCUCCAAGGGCCUGACUCUGCCUCCACGGGGAGCAGUGACAGUGAGGGAAGCGGGAGGUACAAUGCUGGCAUGAUGCUCUCACAGAAUGCUACUCUGAGCAGUGACGAUGAGAGCCUACAGCAAGGAAUCGCCACAAGCCAGCUCUCUUGGCUUCAAGCAUGUCACCCAUCCAAGGACCGUGUCAGUGCCAUAAUAUGGGAGCAAGGCGAGUGUAAGAAAGUGGACAUGUCAGUACUGGAGAUCAGCGGGAUCAUCCUCACACGGGUGAAGUUAGUGGAGCAGGGUAUGGGUUACCUUGUGCUUGGUGGGCUCAUGACUGCUACCCUGGCGCUGCUUCCCUUUGCCUUCCGCUUGGCUCAGCAUCUGGACAUGUCGAGCCUCAGCUCGCUGUCCCUGACACAGCUGCUAGAAAUGGCGGUGGGACCACGUGAUGCCCUGGCCUACACUUUGCUCUUCAUCACAACAGUACAAAGAGUCUGCCUCAUUGGACUGUUUUUUUUUAUGAUGUGUGUGGCUGAGAGGACAUACAAACAGAGACUCUUAUUUGCCAAAUACUUCAGCCACCUCACUUCUGCCCGCAAGGCCAAGAAAUCUGAGAUCCCUCAUUUCAGGCUGAAGAAAGUCCAAAACAUAAAGAUGUGGUUGUCACUACGCUCUUUUCUCAGGAGACGAGGUCCGCAGCGCUCUGUUGAUGUCAUUGUCUCCACCAUCUUCCUUUUAGCACUUUCCAUUUCAUUCAUCAUUUGUGCCCAGCUUCUGAACAGCCACCAGACAUUCCUGGAGUCUCUGACAAACUGGGAGCUGAUGGUGUGGGGCUCCUCCCUCAUUCUCUUUCUGUUACGGCUGGCCACGCUGGGUUCAGAGACCAACUGCAAAUACAGCAACUCCUCAGUGCUGCUCACUGAGCAGAUAAAUUUAUAUCUCAAAAUGGAGAAAAAGCCCAAUAAGAAAGACGAACUCAGUAUAGUGAACAAUGUUUUGAAACUGGCUACAAAGCUGAUGAAGGAGCUGGAUACUCCGUUCAGACUGCUGGGUCUGACUGUAAACCCUCUGAUUUAUAACAUCACCAGAGUGGUCAUCCUGUCUGCCGUGUCUGCUGUGGUCAGCGACCUGCUUGGCUUCAACAUCAGACUGUGGAAAAUCAAAUCUUAAUGUGAAACCAGCAAACCACUAACAUUCGCACAGUGGGGACCAGAAACUCCUUUUGUUGACUGCAAAGAGCCUGCUCUCUACAAAAAGUGUGCAGACCUACUGUCAAUAUAUUCCUUGCUUGUGCCUUCCAAAUGAAACUUUGUGGUCACACAUUUCAUCAUUCAUUCACAAGCCUGAGAUGCUCCGACAGUCACUCACACAGCGUUACUGACUGCUUAGCUGAUGUGGUAACACAGUUUCCAUUAGCCACAUCACUAACCCAGUGCCUAACUUUUUACCCUUGAAUGUUCCUCAGCAUGUGAAUAAAUAUUGUGAUAAUUUCACGUCUGGCAUUGUCAGACUUCUUCAGAUUUCCAGAUGUCUUGUACAGUGAAAUGUAAAUGAGAUAAUUGCAGAUAAUGUAAACAGUUUCUUUAGUCUUACCCACUGAUGAUUCUCCUCACUUUAUCAGUACAGUUAACUGUAGAAAAAAUAGGUGUGCUGUCUAAAGCCAGUAAACCAAAAAAAAA